AUGGCUGAGGAAAACCAGACUCUAGUGACUGAGUUUGUGCUCACAGGACUCACAGACCAUCCAGGGCUGCAGGUGCCCCUCUUCUUGGUGUUCUUAUUCAUCUACCUCCUCACCAUGGUUGGCAAUCUGGGGCUGAUUGCGCUCAUCUGGAAGGACUCCCACCUUCACACCCCCAUGUACUUAUUCCUCAGCAGUUUAGCUUUUGCUGACGCGUGCACUUCUUCCUCUGUGACUCCCAAGAUGCUUAUGAACUUUUUGUCUAAGAACCAUGUGAUAUCCCUAGUUGGGUGUUUCACCCAAUUUUAUUUUAUGGGUUCCAGUGCGACCACAGAAUGCUUCCUUCUGGUAGUGAUGGCCUAUGACCGCUAUGUGGCCAUAUGUAAUCCCUUGCUUUAUCCAGUGCUGAUGUCCAACAGACUUUGUGUCAAGUUUAUCGUUGUUACAUAUUUUGUUGGUCUUAUGCAUUUAACAAUUCAUGUAGGUUUAUUUGUUAGAUUAACUUUCUGCAAAUCCAAUGUCAUUGAUUAUUAUUACUGUGAAAUUUUAGAACUGUUCAAGAUUUCUUGUACAGAUUCUACAGUUAAUAUGCUAGUCCUUUUAACUUUUUCCACCUGUAUACAAGCCUUCACUUUUCUAACAAUCCUGGUCUCUUAUGCCCAUGUCCUCUUGGCCAUUCUGAAGAAGAAGUCUGACAAGGGCAGAAGCAAAGCCUUCUCUACCUGCAGUGCUCAUCUGCUCUCUGUGACUUUGUUCUAUGGCACUCUCUUCCUCAUUUAUGUUUGUCCUGGUUCUGGACCAGCUGAAGAGAAUGAAAAACUAUUUUCUUUAUUUUACACAAUAAUAAUUCCUCUGCUAAAUCCUUUCAUUUAUAGUUUGAGGAACAAAGAAGUUAUAAGUGCCUUGAGAAGAUAA